GGGGCCAAGGGGACGGGCAGGGGGGUGCCGGUUUAAACGGGGCGGCGCAUGCGCGCUGCGGCGCCUGGCUCUGCCUCGGGGGCCGCCACAUUGGCUCGGCGAGGGGAGCGCUGCGGGCAGCGCCGGGCCCGCCGUGCCCUGCCCGUCCCGGUCCGCGUCCCCGUGCCCGGCCCCAUGCCCGUGCCCUGCGGCCCGGCUGGAGGCAGCGGCAGCGGGCGCGGCCCGGCGCUGAGCUGCGCUGCGCUGCGGGCGGAGCGCGUGGAUGGAUCCCCGCGUGGCCUGGAUCCAGCCCGAGCAGAAAGGCCCCGCGAAUGCGCUCUGGAUGCAGAUCUGGGAGACCUCGCAGGGCGUGGGGGGCCGCGGCGGCGCCGGCUUCCCGCACUACCUCUGCCUCAACUCCCCGGCGCUGGACCCGGCCGCCGCCAGCAGCGCCGCCGCCGCCGCCAACACCGCCGCCGCCUCCUCCUCGCCCCCUCCGCCCCGCGGCCACGGCUGCGCCCGGCUCGGGGCGCCCGGCCCCGGCUGCUGCUCCUCGUCCUCGCCGCCUUCGCCCUCGCCGUCGCCGCCGGCCCUGCUGGCCGGGCUGCUGCCCGCAGCCACCGCCGGCCCCGCCGCCGUUGCCCCCCCCCACCCCUCGGCCCCAGCCAACGGUGGGUGGUGGCGGGGAGGGAGGGCGGCGGCUGCAGAAGUCGCCGUCGGUGUCGUCGUCGUCGUCGUCGUGCUCGUCGGUGGAGUCCGGCACCGAGAGCCCCGGCUUCUCCUCCUCCUCGGGCUCCUGCGGCGGAGGCGGCGGCUCCUCCUCUUCCUCCUGCGGCCCCCGGGCGGCCGUGGCUCCUCCCGGGCUGCUGGGCAGCGGGGCCGGGCCCGGGGAGUUUUUUAACUUCCACGAGAGCGAGAAAGCGAACAGUGUGAACGGGCACCACCCGCCUCCCCCCCCGCACCUCGCCCGCGGGCCCCACCACCCGCCGCCGGCCUCCCCCCAGCAGCACCAGUACCACCCGGGCCGGAGGAAACGGGAGAAUAAAGCCAGCACCUAUGGCAUGAAUUACCUGCUCUCCGGCAGCCGCGGCGUCGCCGCCAACACCUCCCCGCACCAGCAGCGGCAGCCGCCUCAGCCGGCGCUGCAGAGCCCCGGCACGCCCUGGAAGACGAGGAAAUACAGCCCGGGCGUGCAGGGACUACAUGAAGAAAUAAUUGACUUCUAUGACUUCAUGUCCCCUCGUCCAGAAGAAGCAGCUAUGAGAAGAGAAGUGGUGAAAAGAAUAGAAACGGUCAUCAAAGAUCUCUGGCCUACAGCUGAUGUCCAGAUAUUUGGCAGCUUUAGUACAGGGCUUUAUCUUCCAACUAGUGAUAUUGAUUUAGUUGUUUUUGGGAAAUGGGAACGCCCCCCUUUACAGCUGCUGGAGCAAGCACUAAGAAAACACAACGUGGCUGAGCCAUAUUCCAUUAAAGUACUUGAUAAAGCUACGGUACCAAUAAUAAAACUUACUGACCAGGAGACAGAAGUGAAAGUUGACAUCAGUUUUAAUGUAGAAACUGGUGUGAAGGCAGCUCGAUUUAUCAAGGAAUACAUGAAGAAAUACUCGUUGCUGCCUUAUUUGAUUUUAGUAUUAAAACAGUUCCUACUUCAGAGGGACUUGAAUGAAGUUUUUACUGGUGGAAUUAGCUCUUACAGCCUAAUUUUAAUGGCAAUUAGUUUCCUGCAGCUGCAUCCAAGAAUCGAUGCCAGAAGAGCUGAUGAAAACCUUGGAAUGCUUCUGAUAGAAUUCUUUGAACUCUACGGAAGGAAUUUUAACUACUUGAAAACUGGUAUUAGAAUAAAAAACGGAGGUGCCUAUAUUGCCAAAGAAGAAAUCAUGAAAGUCAUGACUAAUGGAUACAGACCAUCCAUGCUAUGUAUUGAAGAUCCUCUGCUGCCUGGAAACGACGUUGGCAGAAGCUCUUACGGUGCCAUGCAAGUGAAACAAGUUUUUGAUUAUGCCUACAUUGUUCUUAGCCAUGCAGUAUCACCACUUGCAAGAUCAUAUCCAAAUAGAGAUUCUGAGAGCACAUUAGGUAGAAUCAUCAAAGUGACCCAAGAAGUGAUUGACUACAGGGCCUGGAUUAAAAAGAAGUGGGGGAGCAAAAUUAAUUUAUCACCUGAACUUGAUAAUAGGUUGAAAAUAAGAGACCAGAUAGCUCCGUGCAAUGGAGAACAGCAACAGAACAGAGACUCUGAACCAUCUUACAACCAACGCUUGGCUUUGUCGCUAGCUAAUACACAACAGUUAUCCUCUGGCUCAUCUGCGUCUUCUGUAUCAUCACUCUCCGGCAGUGACAUUCAGCACAGUGGAAUGAAGUUUUCUAUGAAAGGAACUCAUAAUCAAGGCAACAGCUACAGCCCAGUCAGCAAUGGAGGCAUGAGGCAACCAGUUGGUAACAGAGGACACCACCAAUACAAUCGUAAUAUAUGGAGAAGAAAAAAACACAGAGACAGUUUGCCUAUUAGUCUGAGCAGAUAAUGGCAGAUGCCAAAAUGACCUUCCCUGUUCAGACAAACUGAGCGAGUGCCACUCGACUUGGGGGAUGGAGACCAGCGUCCAGCACAUCGUUUUAUUGGUGUUGCCAAAUAUCUGCAGCUGACUUCUUUGCAUGUUUCUUUGUGUGGUGGUUCAGUCCAUCUUCAAGAAGUAGUUGUGCUUAUCUGUGAAGCCUUAUUAAAUGUGGAAGUUUGUUUUUCUGCCUUCCCACAAUGGUUCAUACAGUGCCGAAGCAGCUCUGACAAUGGAACUGCAAGGACAUCUACAAAUGCUGUGGCUUUUUUUGCUGUGGCUACAUCUGUUCCUUUGUGGGUUCUGUUUUCUUUUAUUUUGGAAGUGAAGGAAACUUCAGCCCCUUGGAUUUUUUUUCUUUGCAGCAAAUCAAGUUGGGAAUUCAUAAAAAUAAAUUUGCUGCUCUCCUGUUUGUUUCAAAGUUCAGAAUUUUUUGCUCUGUAAAUAUUGGAGGUAUAAUUUGUGCAAUAACUUGGAAUUUUUAAUUUAAUUUCAUAUUGUCACAUAAGUUAUAUUUAAGGGGAAGAGGUUUUUUAAUUUACAGAUCCUUUCCCAGGUUGCAUUAUCUAAGUUGGGUUCAUAGUUUUGGCAGGUUGUCUGAGCAGUGUUACAAACAUGACAUUUGGUAAUAUUUGAGGCUUCUCGAUUCACAAUGAAAGUGCGAUUUGGCUUAUGGUUUUAAGAAGGUAUUACGCUCCAAAGCAUUUCGACCCUAUGUUUUUUAGCUCAUUGUCUGGCCUCUAUCAGUUGUCUUGCUCUGACCAAUGAGUUUUAAUUUUAUUCCUUUUACUAGACAACAAAUCCAGCGUUCUUAGUACCAGAAAGAAAACUUUUGGGGAAGGGGGGGAAGGUUGGUUCAAGUCCUGAUGUGAAAUUAAAAAGCUGUGAACUACACGCUUUGAUGCAUUUUAGUAAUGUAACCUGUUAAUGUUUGGGUUCAAACAACGUUAUUAAACAGAGGUACCCGGCUUAAGGAAUGUGGAGAAAGGAAAUAUGUUGAUUCCAUUAAGGAAUCUGUAUAGCAGUAUGCAUUAGUUCUGUUAAGAGCAAAUAUAUAAAAAGUACUUCAGCUGCUCUAAGCAUUAUGAGAAGUAUCUUUUAAUGUAUUGCAGGAGAGCACAGCCCAGUGUUGUACACAGUAUGAGUGGCUGGCACUUAAUUUACAGAUGCAUACAGGUAUACUAUGCAAGUGUGUAUUGCCAUGACAAACACUGUCUUUAACUUUUUGAAAAAAUGUACAUCCUGCCUAACCCUGAGUUUUUAAAGCACCACAGUUGUCCUGGGAGUAGGUCACAUCUCACGCCCUCUGACUUCCCAUUUUUUUAAUGAAAGUUCUUAAACUAUACAGAAAACUACAGAUCAGUUCUAUAAAUCCAUUAGCAGAGAAAGCUGAAGAAUCCUGUUAACAGGACAUCUAUACUGUGUACAGAUACAGGUGGUUUUAAAACUGAUAUCUGACUAUUAAAAUGAGGUGUCAAGCAUGAAGCUUUUUAAUACGCUGUAUGCCUUUGAAGCAGAAGUAGUUCAUGUUAUUACUGAAUCUGUUGAACAAAACAGGUCUUUGAGGGGAGAGAGGGCAACAUUCCAAAGUAGAGUAGUGCAUAUCUGUUUGCAAAAAGUUUGUCUUAAUGCUCAGAUUCAUCACAAUUUUAAAUAAAAAUAAAAAUUGUGAGCUGAUUCAUAAAUAAUAUCUAAGGGCUGUUACAUGAGCCUGUACUGCUUAGUCUUCACACACUAGCAAUAUUGAGCAUAACUACAUUAAAGAGCCUUCAAAGGCUUUAGUUGGUGUCUUAUACUAGCGUCCAUUUUAAAGCGAAAUUCAUUUGAAAAGUGGUAUCAUGUAACACUUCAGUCAUGGUGAACCAAAUAAAUUGGCCUGGCUAUCACUGUGGUUAUGUGCUACAGGUUUAAAAAAAUCAUGUUUAAAUUUUUUGUGUGGACAACUAUGUGGAAGCUAAAAUUGACAUAUUUUUAUGUAAAGUUUUCUAUUCUUUGAUUUUUAAUAAACUUUGGAGACCAGUCA